GUCUGUUACCGUGAACGCCUGGCAUCACGAGACUACCACAGCUUAUUUGAACGGUGAAGGCGUCGAUCGUGCUAAAACCCAAUGCUCACAGACACUAACUGAAGAUUUUCAGUACCUGAAUCAGGCCUUUUUAAUUUGCAAGAAAGAUAUUUGUUUGCUGGUUUUUCGCAUUUAGAGAGAAAGAGAACGAGAGAAGUGAGGGGCAUAUGAGAAUAGCUUAGAGAGAGAGAUUGGGGCAUAAGAGAAUCGUUUGGAGAGAGAGAUUGGGGCAUAAGAGAAUCGUUUAGAGAGAGAGAGAGAUUGAGGCAUAAGAGAAUCGUUUAGAGAGAGAGAGAGAUUGAGGCUGAGAAUGAUAAGAUAAAGGCAUCGAGAUUGGGGCUGAGAAUGAGGAGAGAAUGAAAGUUCGGGGGACAUGAGCCAGAUGGUUUUUUUUUUAGAGAGAGAGAGGAGUGCGAUGGGUAUCUUUCAUCUGCAGUUUUGGAGAAUGGAGAAUGUUAAGCUGAGAUUUGAUCAUUUGAAAGGGAAUGGAAGAAGGGGGUAGAGAGAGGGUUAUUGAUGUGAAGAGAGAGAGACAGUCAUGGGUGGGUUGAGGAAGAGAGCUUUGAAAGAGAUGUACAUGACAAAUAAGGCAAAUUUAUUAGAGGAAAAAAAAAUCACCGGCAUUUGGAGGAGAGAAGGCCCUCUCUCCUUUUUGGUUCUCUCUCAUGCGUUCGUCUCAUCAGAAUCCGAUGAAAAUGGGGCAAUUUUGGAGUCAUAUUUGAGGUUUUCAGCAAUUUUCCGGUUGGGUACCAACUCCUCUUCUUCCUUGUUACUGCCAUUUUUAGGGUCGACAAGCUCACCGAUUUUGCAGAAUAGACUUGAUCAGAAGGAAGAAAGAAAAUGCUUUAGUCGUCAUCUAAUUCAAUCGGAGGCAAAAUCAGCAUUUUAAUGAUCAUGACAAAGGGGACACCAUUGCAGUGAAAGACAAAUGAUGCCAAUGAGUGGUGGGUUGAUCUUCAAACGGAGGUCUUCCGUAGUGAGGGUUUGACUUGGGAUAUGGUUGGGGAGGCUUCGGGGCAAGCUUCUAAUCCUGAGGGGGACCAGCAGAUCGAUUACUACUUCUUAAUUCAUAGAAGAUGAUGGAGAUAUAGGAGGAGAUCAAUUCAUAAUAUGCAUUUUAUAUUUCUCUGUAUUGGUGGAUUUGAAUGCGUGUGAGCUUGUGACCUUGUGCUUAGUUUCUUAUUUAUUUUAGUAAUUGAGUACUUUAAGUUCAUGACUUUAUGGUAUUGGACAUGGAGCCAUGGUAUAACAUAUUCUGCAAUUUGGUAUUGGCAUUUGGAUUUUC